AAUUCAAGAAGAAGAAAAAAAAAUCCUCUCUUUUCAGAAUUGCUUCAACUAGCAGAUGCCAAUGAAGAGUCUCUCUUUUUUCGCCAUUCUAUCUCUCUUGGCUUUAACACUUCCAUCAGCCAUUGCUUCUGACCCAAGCCCCCUUCAAGACUUCUGCGUUGGCGUAAACACCCCAGCAGAUGGUGUGUUUGUGAACGGAAAGUUUUGCAAAGACCCAAAGCUCGCCACAGCAGACGACUUCUUUUUCACAGGGCUUGACAAGCCAAGAGUUGCAACAAAUGCUGUCGGAACAAAUGUGACCCCCGUUUUUGCUGAUAAUCUUCCAGGGUUAAACACCCUCGGAAUUGCAUUUGCCCGUGUAGAUUAUGCAGUGAAUGGGCUGAUCCCGCCUCACACCCAUCCACGUGCCAGCGAGUUCUUGAUUGUCCAAGAAGGAACACUUUUGGCAGGUUUUGUCUCGUCAGACCAAGACGGAAAUCGUCUUUUCGCCAAAACACUCAACAAAGGUGAUCUAAUUGUGUUUCCAAAGGGACUCAUCCAUUACCAUGCCAAUGUGGGACGAGUUCCAGCAGUUGCAUUCACUUCUUUUAACAGCCAAAACCCAGGUCUGAUCACUGUUGCUAACACAGUGUUUGGGUCUAACCCGCCCAUAAACCCGGAUAUUCUUGCAAGGGCAUUUCAGUUGAACCGGAGGAAGAUCAUGGAUCUACAGGCCAUAUUCUGAUCAUACAAUAAAAACUAUUCAGCAGUUAACUGUUUUAGUUUUCUUUACCGUUUUCUGAAUAAGGAUCAUGUAUUAUCCAUCCCGUUUAAGACAAUAACGUGACAUGAUGUUAAUCAUUGUCAUUACCCUUGAA